AUGACCGACCUUAGCACACCUUAUCAUACAAUAAAUUCACCUCAUAAAGAAAUAGAAGAAAAAAUAGUUUCUUCUGAUGCUAGGUCAGUACAGGUUCGAUCAGUAGCAUAUACAGAAAAUGAUCCCACUACCGAAUUCUUCUACCGUCCGAGGACUUUGACAGUACUAACUGCUAUGUUGAUCGGAUUAGUAUAUGUCGCAAUGUACCCUGAAGCAGACGAUACAGCGACAAAUAUUAAAUUUGGGACUUGGGCGGGAAUUUUUUCGUUCCUUCUUUUUGCGAUGUUACAAUUCCGAGAUGGGCCAUUUAUUCGACCACAUCCAGCAUUCUGGCGUAUAGUAUUGGGUUUUGGUGUACUAUAUCAAAUGUUUCUUGUAUUUCUUUUAUUUCAGAACAAACGCGAUGCAAGAUAUAUUUUUUCAUGCAUUGAUCCAUCUUUAGGGGUUCCACUACCCGAACGUUCAUAUGCUGAAAAUUGUGAAUUAACUUAUGAGAAUGUUAGGGAUCAACUUGAUAUAUUUGUUAUAUAUCAUAUUGUUGGAUGGUAUGCAAAAGCAGUAGUUCUUCGAGAUUAUUGGUUUUGUUGGAUUUUAUCGGUAAUGUUUGAAAUAAUGGAAUAUUCAUUGCAACAUCAAUUAAAUAAUUUUGCCGAAUGCUGUGGAUUCUUGAUGUUCUGGUGUGUAAUUGGAUCGGUCUUUAUUUUGGGAAAAGUAAAGCGUACAGUUCAACAAUUCACACCACAUGAUUGGACCAAGUUUGAAUGGGGAACGACGAAAAGUUUUAAAAAUUAUAUCGCGGUCAUUGGACUUUUGUUUGCGUUUUUGCAAGCCGAGUUGAAUUCAUUUUAUUUGAAAUAUCUGUUAUGGAUACCACCAGACAAUCCAAUCAAUUCAUAUCGUGCGAUUUUACUUUUCAUGUGUUCUAUUCCUGCUACACGUGAAGCGUAUCAAUAUCUCACAGACAAGGAAUGCAAAAGAUUUGGACCACAAGCUUGGCUGACGAUGGCAAAUAUAAUGACUGAAUCCAUAAUAUGUUUUAAAUUUGGCAGAGGAGAAUUUCCAAAUCCUGUACCCACAUACGUAGUAAUAUUUUGGACAAUAUUAAUUAGUUUGUUGGUUGGAUAUGUUAUAUGGCAAUUUGGAAUACCCUUCUUGAAGGAACGAUUGGAAACGCCUAUAAAGGAACAAACUGAAACGUCGGCGUCACCUUUUGCGAAGCGAUUGAAAGACAAGAAAGUGUGA